GCUUGACAUCAACCAAUGUGAUCUCGCGGAUGGUGAAAGCGUCACCAGUGACUCUGCACAGCACGUCAACACAUUCCGUGGAUCUCAUAAAUGCCAUGAGACCACCACGUGCUCCUUCACGCCGGGCCGCGGCUGGGUUCGCGGCGGAUACGUGUGCCGAUGCCGCGCCGGGUUUUACGCCAGUCGGGGCAACCCCACCUUCGACGGUACAAAUGUGGAGGGUAAGUACAGGGGGCGUUGUGGGUGGUCUUGCUGGGCGCUCGCUGAGAAGGUGACGGCUUUCGUCGAUGCUGGCGUCCUGCAAGAGGGAUGCAUGCUGCCUGGCGCUCUGAGAUGUUAA